CACGUCCCCAGCUUCCGGAAGUUAGUUUCGCCAAACAUCCGGGCUUCUCCUUUUUGCUUUCCGGCUCAUCCCACCUCUCUUUUUACCCCUGGACCUCUCCUUCCUUCAGGCCUACGUCUUAUCCCACUCUUCCACGCGCGGGACUAGCGCAGGCUUCAGCGACGGGAGCCCUCGAGGGACAUGGCAGCUACGGCGGCGCCCGCCGGCGGCUCCCGAAACGGGGCUGGUCCAGAAUGGGGAGGGUUCGAAGAAAACAUCCAGGGUGGGAGCUCAGCUGUGAUUGACAUGGAGAACAUGGACGAUACCUCAGGCUCCAGCUUCGAGGAUAUGGGCGAGCUGCAUCAGCGCCUGCGUGAGGAAGAAGUAGAUGCUGAUGCAGCCGCUGCUGAAGAAGAGGAUGGCGAGUUCCUGGGCAUGAAGGGCUUUAAGGGACAGCUCAGCCGGCAGGUGGCUGAUCAGAUGUGGCAGGCAGGAAAGAGACAAGCUUCCAGGGCCUUCAGCUUGUACGCCAACAUCGACAUCCUGAGACCCUACUUUGAUGUGGAGCCUGCCCAGGUGCGAAGCAGGCUCCUGGAGUCCAUGAUCCCUAUCAAGAUGGUCAACUUCCCCCAGAAAAUUGCAGGUGAGCUCUACGGACCUCUCAUGCUGGUCUUCACGCUGGUUGCCAUCCUCCUCCACGGGAUGAAGACAUCUGACACCAUUAUCCGGGAGGGCACCCUGAUGGGCACAGCCAUUGGCACCUGCUUUGGCUACUGGCUGGGCGUCUCAUCCUUCAUUUACUUCCUCGCCUACCUGUGCAACGCGCAGAUCACCAUGCUCCAGAUGCUGGCACUGCUGGGCUAUGGCCUCUUUGGUCACUGCAUUGUCCUGUUCAUCACCUAUAAUAUCCACCUCCAUGCCCUCUUCUACCUCUUCUGGCUGCUGGUGGGGGGGCUGUCCACCCUGCGCAUGGUGGCAGUGUUGGUGUCACGGACUGUGGGCCCUACACAGCGGCUGCUCCUCUGUGGCACCCUGGCUGCCCUGCACAUGCUCUUCCUGCUCUAUCUGCAUUUUGCCUACCACAAGGUUGUAGAGGGGAUCCUGGACACACUGGAGGGUCCCAACAUCCCACCCAUGCAGAGGGUUCCCAGAGACAUCCCUGCUGUGCUCCCUGCUGCCAGGCUAUCAGCUGUCGUGCUCAAUGCCACAACCAAGGCUGUUGCGGUGACCCUGCAGUCACACUGACCCACCUGAAAUCCUUGGCUGGCUCCCUUUUCCCCAGCUGCGGAGUGGAGGAAGAUUAAAGAAGAGUACUGAUGACAUGUGUCUUUUUGAUGGGGUCUGCAGCUGCCACAGAGCUGGAGCCGCUUAAGCACCUCCUUUGACGCCGGUUGGGGCUUCUGAAGGGCACAAGGCCAGGAACUCCUGGCCAGGACUGCAGAGCUCUGCAGCCAGUGCAGAAAGUGGGUCAAGCGCCUGUGAGGCCCUGUCACCACCCAUCCCUUCCUUCUUCUUUAUUUCUCCCACGUUGUCUUGCUAAAUAUAGACUUGGUAAUUAAAAUAUUGAUUGAAGCCUGGAACUGCA